AGAGACGCAGUGUGGGCGGGUUAAGAAACUGCUAGAGGGAGGAGAUACCGUGGCUAUUGCUCCGUCUUUUUUUCUCACGUUAUCCACCGACAUCAUUGGUUUCUUGGUAUCUAAUCUUUAAAUUCCGGUUUCAAUCCUCCUCGCAGUUCAGAUAAUUUCGCGAGGCAAAGGAGCCCCCAACGGUCCACCCGCUGCGUUCGCUGUGCUCGUGUGUCGGCGGGCAUCAGGCUGUCAAAGUGUGAGUGUGUGACGGAUGCUGAGAGGAGACUGAGAAGGGUACCAUCUAACACCUCACGAUGGCCAGAAUGAGUUUUCUCUCCUUUCUCCUCUUUUGCUUGACUUCAGUUGCCCAUGGCAACAAAGCCAAUAAACACAAGCCAUGGAUCGAGACGGAGUACCAGGGGAUUGUCAUGGAAAACGACAAUACUGUCCUCCUCAACCCACCUCUGUUCGCCCUGGAUAAAGACGCACCACUGCACUAUGCUGGGGAAAUCUGUGGGUUUAGGGUUCAUAAUGGACCAGGUGGUUCUGGUACUGCACAGUUUGAAGCAGUUGUGUUGGACCGCUCCACUGGAGAAGGUCUAGUUCGGUCUAAAGAGCCCCUGGACUGUGAAAGUCAGAAGGAGCACAGCUUCACUAUCCAGGCUUAUGACUGCGGUGAGGGUCCUGAUGGCACUAACAGCAAGAAAUCCCACAAAGCCACAGUUCAUGUUCGUGUAAAUGAUGUGAACGAGUUCUCUCCAGUCUUCGUGGAGCAUCGAUAUGAGGCGUCGGUGCCCGAGGGUCGUUUGUUUGAUCGUAUUGUGCGGGUGGAAGCAGUGGAUGCUGACUGCUCCCCUCAGUACAGCCAGAUCUGCUUCUAUGACAUCACCACGCCAAAUGUCCCUUUUACCAUUGACAACGAUGGGAACAUAAAGAAUACUGAGCCACUGGACUCAAAACACCAGCAUGUCCACACUUUCUGGGUGACAGCCUUUGACUGUGGGAAGAAUCGAGCACAGGCUGAUGCUCAGGUCAAAGUCACAGUCAAACCUUCCUGCAAGCCAGGCUGGAUUGGAUGGUCAAAGCGUAUUGAAUAUAUUCCUGGCUCCGGCAGUAUCCCUCUCUUCCCGAACCUACACUUGGAAACGUGUGAGGAGACGGUUUGGAAUAUUCAGGCUACUGUUGAGCUUCAGACGGGUCAUAUUGGGAAGGGCUGCGACAGGGACAGCUACUCUGAUCGAUCUGUGCGCAGGCUUUGUGGUGCUGUGAGGGGUGAAGUUGACCUUCUUCCACCCCCAUCUCCUGCAACCAAUUGGACCGCUGCGCUGCCAACUCUGCCAUCCUCUGAUUCAUCCCUGGUCUUCUCCUUCAAUGGCUCCACCCAUGUUGCUGUAGUACCUGAUUCCGUUACUUCAACAGUAUCUGGUGACCACUUCACACUGCAGCUUUGGAUGCGAAGGGGAGGGGCUAACACACAACCACCAGCCAAUCAGGCGAGAGGAACCCGUAAAGGGGAGGAGACUAUUGUCUGCAGUACUGUAAAGAAUGAUGACUCGUACUCUCACUACUCUGUAUCGGUACAUGGCUGUCGUCUCUCUCUCUUCUACUGGCCAGAUGUGUCUGCCGCUAGGCCUGUCAAAUUCCUUUGGAAACUGGAGCAGGUGUGUGACAGUGAGUGGCAUCACCUGUCCCUUAGUGUGCAGUUUCCCUCUGUCACUCUGUAUGUGGAUGGUGUGACCUUUGACCCUGCUCUCAUCCAUGACAAUGGAGCUAUCCCCAACCCUGCACCACACCAACGACUGGUCAUUGGAGCAUGCUGGGAGUCAGAAGAGAAACCGAAAGACAUUGUGAACAACACCAUGCCAGAGAGUAAAGACACAGGGAAGUUUAUCAGUGGUUACAAGGGAUUGUUGUCAGGGGUAACGGUGCGUCCAGGAAAUGUGGAGCCACACAGUGUGGUGGAGUGUCUGUAUGCUUGUCGAGAGGGGCUUGAUUUCGGAGACCUUGAGACUUUGGGCUCAGGCAUGAAGGUGCAUGUGAACCCUAGCCAGUCUGUGCUGGUGUUAGAGGGAGAUGACAUUGAAAGUUUCAACCGUGCCAUUCAGCAGGUGACAUACAGGAACUCUCUACGAUUUGCCACCCCUGGCGUUCGUCCUCUGAAACUUACAACUUCUCUCAGGUGUUUCAGUGAAGAGAGCUGUCUCUCUCUCAGACAGCUGGAGGGUUACCUGGUCGUGCUCCAGCCUGAUGCACCGCAGAUCUCUCUCUCUGGUGUUGGACCACACUUGGCCCGGCCAGCCGCUGAAUUUGAGGGCCCUCAAGGCGUCCUCUUGUUUCCUGAGCUCCGUAUUGUCUGCUCCUUGUCUCAUGCUGUUAACACAGCUGCACAGGGCAUGGAAGGAGGCGCACUGAUGUCAGAUGCUGUGGCUCACACUCUGGAUGGGUGUGAAGUCCAGCCCUUGGGGGAGGAGCUAAACCCAGAAAGGGAGGGGCUUCUGGUGGACAUGGAAGCAUUAAGAGAGAGGGGGUUAGACAUCAUAAACACAACAGCCUACAUUGCCAUCACAGGAGCGGAAUCCAUUUCUGUGUAUGAGGACGUGUUGCGGUCCAUUCGCUAUCGGUUAGCAAAGGGCUCGGCCCGUUUUGAAAGAAGGUUCCGUCUCUCAUGCUCAGAAAUGAAUGGCCGGUACACCAGCAAUGAGCUCACACUGGAGGUGAACUUCCUGCACAGUCUGGACAGUCUUUACCAUCCGUCUCACCUGCUGGCAUCUCAACAGCAGUUCCUCCACCCAUCCCACCACACUGGAGAACUGAGUGGACACACACUUCCCAACCCACACCGCAACUCUGUUGUUCCAGGGGCUGCAACUGUCAUCAUCAUGGUUUGUGUGGGUUUCUUGGUUGUUAUGGUGAUUCUUGGUGUCUUCCGCAUCCGUUCCAUCCACCGUCGUGGUGAAGGAGCAAGAGGCGGAGGCAAAGAAGGCAGUAACCAAUGGGAUGAUUCUGCCCUCACCAUUAUUGUGAACCCUAUGGAGUCAUAUGAAAACCGCAUGGGCAUUGCGACAGAUAUGGAAGGAGAGUGUGAUGAUGAGGAGGAAGUAGUGGAUUCGCCUGAUGAAACCAGUGAUGACCAACGAAUCAUCAUCAAGAAAGAGGGAAGAGACUCCACCCCCAGACGCUACUGAGCCAUUUAGCUACGUCCACAUAAUCAAAAAACAACCACUCACAGAACAUACAGGAAUUACCACUAAAAUGUUAUACACACACACACAGACACACCGUCAAAGUAAAUAAAAAGUCUAUUACAUAAUUAUUGGAUCUCAACCUAUGAAUGCAAUGCUUCUCUCUGGAAUGUUCGCUCACACAAACGCAAUGCACAGUGCAUAUCCUCUUGCUCAAAUGUCUGACUAACAUUGUGCCAUUUUCGACCCAGAUCCCAAUAUUUAUAAAUGGCACAAUUAUAUAAUGCAUUCAUUCAUCCUACAACCUUAUCAAUUGAUGUGCUCACUACACUGUAUCAAACACAAUGAAAACACUGUAAAAGUAUCAACUCAUAUCAGCUAAUUGACUCAGACACAUUGUUUUAAAAUUAGGUCACAAGUUACAGCCUUUUUUAACAAAUGUAAUGUCUAGUACCCAAUAUAUGGAGUCCAAAACUCAACCAUUUUAGAAGCUGUUUUUCCUCUGCACAAUCUAUCUCUUUAUACAUUCCUCUAACAAAUUUACAUGUACAGAUAUAGAGGACUAGUCAGUAAUAAUGCUGUUUAGUAAUAGUGAGUGACAGAUUACAGGUAGGUAUGAAAUUGCUUUCUUUUAAGCAUCACAGUACCAGAAUUAUUACCUUUACACAUGCACACAUACACAAAUCUUUUGUGUACCUCUUCUCACAACAAACAACACAGUACAGUGCAAUGCCCUCUGCUGUUUCAGAAUGUUAGCUCAACACGGGCAGUUUUGAUUGUACUUAAAUGUAUGUAAAUACAAAUGACUACUACUAUUACUUUCAUUUUCAGUCUUUUCACUUUCAGAUAGGCUAGUUAUUUUUUUCUAAGAUCUCUAUUGAUAAUAUACAGUGAUAACGACAAUGAUAGUAUUAGUAAUAAGAGCGGUAAUGAUUGGCUUGAUGAAUGUCUAUUUAUUUGUGUGUUAAAUUGUGUUAUUUAAAAACUUGUUAAUAUCUGAAUCACAGUGCAACAGAAAGGCACAUUGUUGUUAUGCCUAGAACACUUUCACCUCCAUCAUGCCAUCAUCCCUUUCAACAUGUACACUUGUCUAAACAUUUCUUCUCUUUUCCUAUCCCUGUCCUCUCUUCCUCUUUAUCCUUCCACUUUCUGAUGCCACUGCUUUUUGGUUUCUGAAUGUACAACUGUGCUGCUCUUCCUCCUUCCAGCUCGCACUCUUCUCUCUUUUCCCUUGACUAUUUCUCUGUCUGUGUUAGUGUACAGUGGAAACCUGUCAGUAAAUAAAGGCCUGUUGUUUUGCAGUGUGA